GCUGUAGGGAGAGGCGACGCUGAGCCCCUCAGCUCUGCACCAUGAGCUGGUUCUGCUGCUGGGGAUGCCGGAGCUGAAGGCUCCAACCCCCAGGGAAGGAAGAUGCUCCAAACGAGCAACUACAGCCUGGUGCUGUUCCUGCAGUUCGUCCUGCUUUUUUACGACCUCUUUGUCAACUCCUUCUCGGAGCUGCUCCGCACGGCCCCUGCCGUCCAGCUCGUCCUCUUCAUCAUCCAGGACAUCGCUAUUCUCUUCAACGUCAUCAUCAUCUUCCUCAUGUUCUUCAACACCUUCGUUUUCCAAGCCGGGCUGGUCAACCUCCUCUUCCACAAGUUCAAGGGGACCAUCCUGCUGUCAGCCACCUACUUGGCACUCAGCAUCUCCUUGCACGUCUGGGUUAUG